UGUCAGAACCAUGGUCAGAACGCUGAGAGGCAGUGAACAGCAGAGGUCUAACGUUAGCUCAGCUACUCAUUAGGAUAGGGAGGCAUUGAACUGUGAAGACGUCUUGCGGUGAACAUUUCUGUAAGCAAAUGUUAACUUUCGGAUAGUACCGUUUGCUAGGCUGUCUAGCGUUUCGGGGGCUAGCUUUCAGUUUAGUUACUGGUGUUCUGCGGUGGAAAUAGCAAAAAUGUCGUCUCCAAGUCCGGGUAAAAGGCGAAUGGAUACCGAUGUGGUGAAACUCAUCGAGAGCAAACAUGAAGUCACCAUCCUCAGUGGACUCAAUGAAUUUGUAGUGAAGUUUUUUGGACCACAAGGAACGCCGUACGAGGGAGGUGUGUGGAAGGUGCGGGUAGAUCUUCCUGACAAAUACCCUUUCAAAUCGCCAUCAAUAGGAUUCAUGAACAAGAUUUUUCAUCCCAACAUUGAUGAAGCGUCAGGGACAGUGUGCUUAGAUGUCAUCAACCAGACAUGGACAGCCCUUUAUGAUCUGACCAACAUCUUUGAGUCGUUCCUGCCCCAGCUGCUGGCUUACCCAAACCCCAUCGACCCCCUGAAUGGAGAUGCCGCUGCCAUGUACCUUCACCGGCCAGAGGAGUACAAGCAGAAAAUCAAAGAGUACAUCCAAAAAUAUGCAACAGAGGAGGCUCUGAAGGAGCAAGAAGAGGGGGCAGGCGACUCUUCAUCUGAAAGCUCCAUGUCUGAUUUCUCAGAAGACGAAGCCCAGGACAUGGAGUUGUAGUGAUAGGAGGGCUCCCCCAUCCCGCCCCCUCCUUUAACCCCCACAGAGACUAUAUUUGAUUUCCUAACCAUGAGAAAGCAGACUUAUAAUAUUCAUAUUUAAACAAGGUGAUUUUUUUAUUAUUAUUAUUAUUACUACUAAACAAGGAUUUUUAUGGAUAUCUAGCCUUUGGUGUGUUUGACAGACACCCUCCCAUUCUGUAGCUGUUUCUCCCUAUACAGAUGUCACAAUUGCUUUCACAUUCUCUCCCUGUCAUCUCCGCAUUUUUAAGGUGUGUUACGUAGUCAUAGGCAGGAAAUCUCCCCAUGACCAUCUCAUCUCUGUAUUCACAUUUCACUUUUUAAAAUAGAACUUUCCAGUUUAACCUGAAUCCUAAUGUCCUCUCUUUUUCCACAAUGCUAAUUGAUUCUGACCAACUUUUUGUUAGUCCCUCCACCACAGAGCUGCUAAGGUCUUACCUGCCUGGGUGUACAAGCUCUACAAUAUUAACCUGUAGUCAAAACAGUAUUUUUAAGGUGUACAAUCACACACAAGGUGUCCUGGCACACCUUCCAUGAAAAUACAAAAUGUGUAGUGCCAAUACUGUAGAUGCUUAUAUAUCAACCCUGAAGGCUGCCUAAGCAUAUCUUUUUCAACAUAUUGAAUGAGACAUGUCAAUAAAAAAAGAUGCCUUUCUUUAUCGUUCAGUUUGGAUGCUAUGUUGGCUGUUACUUAACUUUUUGUUACUCUUUGAUCUACUGCAGCUGCCUGUCUACAUGUGCGGCUGUCUAGUGCAGUGCAAAAUAAUUGUUCAACAAGGUCAGGUUGUGGGAAAAACCGUUCAAUUAAAUACAUGUCUCAAUACAUUGUGAGUGACAAUGUGGUGACAAAAGACAUGCAGUGGGUGCUUUUGGUGCUGAUUGGCGGAAUGCUCAUUAGCUGCAUAAACUAUGGAAGCUUCAUGCACAUGCAAAGGCAAUAAAGACAGAAGUGGCUCUUCUCUGAGGCAUUUGUGGAGAUCCUGGUCAGAUUCACUUGGUAUUUUGGGAACUGAAAGUAGACCAGAGUGACCCUUUAACCAUCUGACCAUAUGAAUUGUUUUCUGUUACGAGGCACCUCAAAAACGCGAGCACCAAACACUCAUCGUGCAGGAUACCUCUGUCUCACAAUCACCUCUACUCCUGCUUUUAAAAGAAAUUUCUAUAAAUAUUAUUGGUUUAGAAUAACUUUCCAGGCAGAGGAAGAAUGUAAUUACCACCUGUUCUGGUGAGUUUUGAAAACCAGCACCAAAGUCAGUUUUGAUUUUAAGUGAAAAGCAACAAAAAUGGUCACAUGGUUACUGAGCGGAUCUGAGUACAAAUGAAGAGUGAUUUAUUGAAGAUUCAGGUUUGCGUAGUAUCAGUCCUCCUCACAUUCCACUGUUACCUGGCAUUUGCUCUAAUGCAUGCCCUUCACAUUGGUCUGACCUGUGGUAUGUACCCCGACUGCAUCGAAUGGACUCCCCCACACUUUCUGUCUGCCUACCAGUAUCUCUGUUUGGAUCACUAGUUUGAAGAAGAUUACAAAAUAUGAGCCAAAUAUAUGAUAUUAGGCUUGUAGCAAUUUUUGUUGAGGGGAAUUAAUUUAACAUUGAUUUCAUAUGUACAGAUUUGACCUCUUAUCUUGGGAGGGGGGGGCAUGUCAUUCAUUCAUGGUUGAUUGAUCGUGGCAGGUUGAGAUGUAAUCCAUGACGUGUGGAAAGAGAUUGCAAUUGCAGCUUUGAGUUUUGACUGUUUUUCCUACUUUUAUUUCUUGUACUCUUCACAUUUUUCGCCCGAUGGGGGGGUCAACACAUAUGGAUUUGUUUUCUUUUAUUAUUUGUGUGUACAGCAUCUACCUUGUACAGUGAUAAAACACCUCUCUGUAGCCUCAUGAAAACUCAGUGUUGUACCCAAAACACUGACCGAGUGUUGCUUGUCGAGGCUAACAUGGCAGUCAAACUACCUAGACAACCUUGAAAUGUAUUCACUUCAUAAACUGCAGUAUGAAUCACCGGUUGCUUUGUGGCAGAUUGUGGAUCCUGAGUGGGUAGAUUCAAGGCUGAGUUAUACUCUGGAGGUCACUUCAUUACCUCUGAUCUCUACUCCCUCUUCUGUGCCUCAUCACUAAAGGAAGGUGACCUAUUGAAGAAGUCCCCAAAACCAUGUUUCUGAAAAGCCAUGAGGGUCAAAAAUAACUAGCAAAGCACAUUGUUUUUACUCAUCCCACUUCUCUUCUUGUCCUUUUGCGAUCUGUCCUGUGCAAAUUGUGAUUUGCCAUCAAAAUUUUUGCAAAACUCUUGCAGAUUCGGGGAAUUACCCAGGGCUGAGUGGCAUUGGGUGUAUGAGCUAGUGUAGGCUUGUUAGAUUUUUAUGGCUCAGGUUUGAAAUACAGUUUGGUUGCAUCUUGCAUAGUGAUUAACAUUUUUCACCCAUAAGGUAUUGAAAGGAUGGAAAUCAUGCUAAUAUUUGUUGAACUGUGUUUUUGACAUGUCAGGAUAGUUAGUUUUGCUGGGUGGUGACUUCAACUAAAACAACAUACGCUAUAUGGCUGUAUUACAGAUAGAGUUAGCUAGUUUGGUAUGCUUCCCUGAUAAAGCAUUCAUUGCUCAUCUGACCUUUAGUUAGUGUCUGUUGUGUGGUUAUAUGUAAGAUACUCCAUAGACGUGCCUGCUUGUCCUCUUCUCGCAGAUUCAGAGAUGUACAGAUGAGUGUGAGUGCUUUCAAACUUGGGUGACGUUUGACCUUUAGUGAGCCUGAUAGAUCUAACUGUACAGAAACCAAAAGUGUGGUUCAGCCCCUUUCAAGAUAAUUUAAUUUUUUUUCUCCAAAAAUGCAAUCCUGUGACCACAAUUAUCACCACAUUUAAAUGCAGAUUUAGAGCAGAAGCACUUCCUUAAUUUGUUUUUAAUUUCUAUAUAUUUAUCAGAUGAGUUUGACAGGUUAAAGCUAUGGGAUAAUAAUUUUUCUCAGCCAGCCUGGGGAAUUUUUGGACAUUAGUGUUCUGCAGGAUGCAGCCAUUUUAAUUCUUGCAGAGCAGACUUUUGUGACACUCAACAUGUCCAAGGCAGUACAAAGCUACAUGAAUGUUUUACAUGUGUUGAGAGUGUUUGUGGUGACGUUUGAGAUCCACAUCCACUCAGACAGAACAAACCUUUAAAGCUGUAUGCAGAUUCACAGUUUCACAAUUGGCUUGUAUUUUCUCUCUACGCUGCCUAUAAAUGUAUAUUUAUUCAUUAAAGAGACCUCCUUUUUUGUUUUUAAUCUUGAUCAUUAAGUGCCACUGUUGUAAGUUAUGGUUCAGCUUAAAUAUCACACAGAUGAGAACUUGAAUUUUUUUUUGUUUGUUUGUUUUGUUUAAAGUAAUUCAGAUUGGAAUUCCUGUUUUAUUUUACAUUUGUGCAGUAUUGUACUUGAGUGCUGAAAAUACAGUAUAUUCAAGCUGAGAAUUGUAAUAAAAUAGCACAUUAUUAUGCAGUGGUGCAACAGGGAACUAAUGAUAUUUUGUCUUUUUAAAAAACAAGAUUCUUGUGUGGGGGAUAAAAUCAUAGGUUUGGUUUUCAGCAUUAUUUGCAUCUGCUGAGCAAUAAAUUGAUGAUAUACUCAGCUGUGGCCUGGUGUUGCUCUCGUAAACACGACAACCAUCUGAUCUCAUCAGUGGCUUCCCUUGUUCUUUUGUUUAAUCCCUACACUAUUAUUUAUUGUCAAGAGAAAUAAUUACUGCCUUUGUGUUUCAGGUUGUCUUUAACUCAAAAACUAAAGAAAAUGUCCCCAAACCAGUGUUUGGUUAUGCUUUUGCACUGCACCUGGAAUUCUAAAUUAUUUUUGGAAACACAUGGAAAGUACAUGUUCAUUGUGUUUCUGUUUAAUUUCCUUUUGGUUUUCUCCUCUCCACCUCUUCUGCUCUAAGACCACAGGCUUAUAGAUAACAUGUCUUAACUACUCAGUUUUAAACAGUGACUCCCGAAAACUAGAUUUCUCAUGGUGGGAUUGAUGGGGCCUCAAAAUACUUAACUACAGAUCUGCAGAGAAAGUCCAGUACAGAGCCAUAGUCCUACAACUGUACUCACACACUCCCUCACACCCUGCCGGACACAAAAAGGAUGAAGGGCCUGAGCUAACAGAAUGGACUGGUCUAUCAUUAAUCCAUAGACAGGACAUCCAGGGCCUAUUCUCCGUUUUAUCAGCACAGCUGCAGAGAGCCAGCACCCUGAUCCUGUAAUAUCACCUCCCCCAUGUGUUGACCGUGUCUCCUUGUGCACUUGCAUGCUUCUGGUGUGGAGUCGAGGCUCGCUUGGUGCACACCUCCCAUUCUGUCUUGUGCUUGUGUGGAUUUGUGCCCUGUGCAGGCCUACUGCACAGGAUUUAGCAGGCACACACAGCAUGGAAAAUGGCAGAUUUUUAUAGAAACUAUGUAUUUGGUACCUAGUGUGUGAUACUUGAGGGUUAAAAAGUCAAAAGGUUUAUUUUUUGUUUUUAAAAGUCCAUCCUUGGUCUUAUUUUUAUCACCCUCUUUGCCCUCCUUGUUUUUUUUUUCUUUGCAUUGUGAAGUGGGCAUGCUUGUCAGAAAGACAAAUGCUCUCUAUUAAUAGGCUUAUAACCUCAUAAAUAGUUGUGUAUAAAAUAAACUGUUAUAACUUCUUUUUUAAUAAAACAUUCAAUGUGUAUAAA